UUUAAGCGUGAAACUAUCUUGUACGGGUUAUGAAAAAUAAAAAGUCAUUUCGCGCUUCAUAAUUUGUGUCAGUUUUCCUUCUCCGUCUUCUGAACUUCCCAUCACCUCUGUAACUCCUUUCUCAAAAACAAUCAAUCCUAUAAACCCUAAAAUAGUUUUCUUGUAUGUUCCCACUCCUUUUCAAGCCCUAACUUUACCGAGAAACUAUCCCCGCUAUUUCAUUUUUCUUCUCUUCCAGUGCAGCAUGGGUGCUGGGAGGAAGACACAGACAUUCACUGCAAGUGAAAAAGCUCAGCAACAUCCUACUGUUAAUUGUAGCACAACUGCUAGGAAUCUUAGGAAGAGCAAUUUAGCUGGUGUUAUCUUUGGAUGCAAACAUAGUACAUUUGGAGAAUGUUUGUCAAAGCAAUUAUUUGGAUUACCUUCUCCUCAUUAUUCCUAUGUAAAGAACAUCGAACCUGGUUUGCCACUGUUCUUGUUCAAUUAUAGUGACAGGAAGCUGCAUGGUAUCUUCGAGGCUGCAAGCUCAGGACAACUUUCUAUCAACUCCAGUGCUUGGACCAUCGAUGGUUCAGAAAACACCCCUUAUGCCGCGCAGGUAAAAAUCAAAAUACAAAUGCGAUGCCAGCCGUUGCUGGAACGUCAGUUCCAACCAAUAAUUGCAGAUAACUAUUAUGAACGAAAGCUUUUUUGGUUUGAACUAGAUCAGGCUCAAACAAACAAGUUGAUAUCUCUGUUUUCCUCUUCUCCUGUAAUAACUAAUACUUUCCUCUCAAAGAAAACUGAAAAGAUGGGUGCUCAACGCAAAACAUUAAGGGCCCCCAAUGCAGAAUACAAUUGUGAUUCUGGGGAGAAUUCUACUUCAAAAGUGGAGGCUUCUAAUAUGAAUCUCGCUAGCGUGGAAGAUUCCUCUUUGAAUCCUAUUGUUGGACUCUCUUUUUCUUCUGUGGUGAGAAAUAUGAAUGUAUCUGAUGGUCAUAAAUCUCGGCCUAAUGUAGGGCGGUUCACUUGGAAAGAUAAUGGUUCAAGAGAAGAAAGGCAACUGUUCUCAGGUUCAAUUAACAACGAAGUUGCAUCAAAUCCUAAGCAGGCUGUUGGGAACCAGAUGUUAAACUGGGAUAUCUCCUACUCUUGUGUUGCAAGACAUUCACAAAAAAAGUGGAGUGCUUUUUUCAAAGAGGAAACUGGUUCCAAUUCAACAAAGGAAGUUGAAGAAUUCAAUCUACCAGCAUCUGAAGUGAAUGUUGGUCAGUUCAAUGGAGAACUGGAUGCUCAGUGUCUUCCAGAUUGUUUGGAUGAAAGUAGCAAGGAUGCAGAAGCUCCAUUAAACCUAGAGGAGGUUCAAGAAUAUGGCAAAGUUGCAAGCUCAAAACCAAAUUAUGAAGCCUUUUGUUCUUCUGUGUUGAUAGAACCAAGCACUUCUUACCUUCAUUUGGAAGUUCCUAGAGAGGAAAACCUCUCAGAAUUACCCACGGAAGGUACAUUGUUCAAAUCAGAACAUGAGGAGUCUUUGCUUCCAUGUGUUCCGAGAGAGAUUGUACCAACACAUAAUCAGUCAGAAGACACUGAAGAUCAGUUGACUAAUCUCUCUCUUCCAGAAUUAGCAUUGGCCUCCAAGAUGAACUCUUCUUGCAUUCACUCCACAGUGGCCAAGUUGGUUUUUGAAGUGGGGGAGUUGAGGUUGUCUCAGUUCAAGCAAGCUCAAAAGGUCAAUUCUUUAGAGGAAAAACUGGUUGAAUCAAGAUUAGAAAUCCAACAGUUGAAAAACAAGUGCAGGAUGUUGGAAAUUGGGUUCAAAUCAAGGUGUGUUGAGGCGGAUGAUUUUGAAGAAGAGAAGUUUCAAUUAGUGGAUGACCAACCUCAUCCAGCUUAUGAUGCAUCAAUAUGUAUAGUCGGAGGAUUUGAUGGUUGUUCAUGGUUAUCUUCUUUGGACAUCUACUCUUCUUCUCAGGACAUGAUGAGAACAUGGACUACAAUGAGCUUUCCACGAUCGCAUGCUUCGGCAGCAAAAUUCAGUGAUGCAUUGUAUAUUUUGGGUGGCGUAGAUGGUAAUUUAUGGUAUGAUACAGUUGAAUCAUACAACCCGCUAAGCAAUCAGUGGACCACUCGCCCCCCAUUAAAUCAAAAGAAAGGGAGCUUUGCUUUGCUUCCUUUAGAGGAUAGCAUGUUUGUUGUUGGAGGUGGAAAUGGAGUUGAAUGUUUCUCAGAGGUAGAGAUGUUUGAUCCAAACAUUGGAAAGUGGAUGCCUAUUCAAUCACUACUGCAUAAGAGAUUUGCUCCGGCUGCAGCAGAAGUCCAUGGGAUACUUUAUGUUUCUGGAGGAUACAACGGAAACAGCUAUUUGAAAUCUAUAGAGAGAUUGGAUCCUCGGCACCAUGCAUGGGAAAAACUUGAGAGCAUGGUCACAAAGAGAGGAUCUCAUUCAUUGGUUGUGCUCAAUGAGAAGUUAUAUGCUAUAGGUGGAUUUGAUGGAAACAGAAUGGUCUCAACAGUUGAAGUCUUUGAUCCUCGUGCUGGUUCAUGGAUGAUGGUAGACUCCAUGAACAAUUCAAGGGGAUGUUUUGGCACUAUUGUAAUUGGAGAGGAAAUACAUGUUAUUGGAGGGUUGCGGGAUGAUAAAGAAGUUCUGGACAAGGUGGAGUGUUACAAGGAUGGUGAAGGGUGGCAAGUCAGUAAUUGGAAGGCCAUUGGAAAAAGAUGCUGCUUCUCCGUUGUCCUUGUAUAAGGAUCUGAUGUGCUCGUCUUUGUCGUGCAAGCUAUUAGUGCUUUAAAAUGUUUGCUUUUUCAUUUUAAUCCAGCAAUCAUACUAUAAAAAACCGAGUGUUGGGAGAUCAGUUCGAAAAUAUAUUUUGAUUUUUAUUCGUUUAUGUUUGUCAAACUAAACUCACUAUUAGUGCUUUUGAUUCCCCGCA